AUGUAUCUUCAAAUCUUAAUCAAACCUUCCGAUCAACUGUUCCAACUCGUCUUGUGGCGUGACAAUCCCUCUGAAGAUAUAUCCACAUACAAACUCACUCGAGUGACUUUUGGAGUAAAUAGCUCACCCUACUUAGCGAUUCGUACCCUCCACCAGUUAGCUGAAGACGAAGGUAAAGACUUCCCUGAAGCAGCAAAUGUCUUGCGCACUCAGACUUACGUAGACGACAUUGUAACUGGAGCAGACACGGUAGAUGAAGCAAAGAACCUUCAAAAUCAACUCAUUCAACUACUCAACCGUGGCCACUUUGAACUUCGAAAAUGGACUUCAAAUUCUCCCGAGCUUCUUCAGUCUCUUCCAGACACUCAUAAAGACUCUCCAGUCUUUCUUGAAAAUACACCUGAUCCCCAUUUCUCAAUUCUUAGCCUACACUGGUCUCCAGACUCGGACAAUUUUUCAUUUCAUCUCAACCUACCGCCAAAAACACUAACUAAACGUCACGUUCUCAGUCUAGUCGCUAAAAUAUACGAUCCUUGUGGAUUUCUUAGCCCAUCGAUACCAGCACUUGCAGACAUUCAGAUCCCUAGAGCAUUGAAAAUCUCUCCAAAUUCUAGUGUUGAACUUCACGGCUUCUCAGACGCCUCUGAACGGUUUUCAGCUGUUGUCUAUGUACGAUGUUCCCAACCCAACGGAGAAGUGACUACACGUAUGGUUUUAUCCAAAACUAGAGUCGCCCCACUCAAGAAGGUGACUCUUCCACGAUUAGAACUCUGCGCUGCCCACUUAUUAGCUCAACUCGUAAACUUCUGUUGUUCUUCAUUCAAACCCUUAAUUUCACUCAACCAAUGUUAUUUGUGGUGUGAUUCUUCAGUAACCUUGAAAUGGCUUCAAACUCCAUCUUACAGGCUGAAAACAUUCGUGGCUAACAGAGUCGCCCAAACACAAGAACUUGUCCCCUAUCACUGUUGGCUUUACAUCCCUAGCAAGGAAAACCCUGCUGAUUGUGCUUCAAGAGGUAUUCUAGCCACUGAGCUUGUGUCUCACCCCCUUUGGUGGUCAGGGCCUUCUUGGCUUUCUCUCCCCCCUUCAAACUGGCCUGAUGUAACUUUUUCACCUACAGAUAUCUCAACAUUAGAUGAAGUAAAACACACUCCUCUAGCCGUACUUGUGUCAACUACUACUGAAUCUACGCUGACCAAUCUUCUCAUUAAAUAUUCUUCAUGGGAACGACUACUUAGGAUUUUUGCUUACGUCCUUCGUUUCAUACACUACUGUAAAGGUUCUGAAAAACGCCAAGGUUUCAUCUCAACACAGGAACUGAAAGACACAAAAUAUCACAUUUUUAAACUGGUACAAAAAGAAGUAUUCACAGAAGAAAUCAACUGCCUCAAAAGGAAAUCAUUUUGCUCCACUCGCUUACAACGUCUUUCACCUUUCAUUGACUCAUUUGGAUUAUUGCGUGUUGGAGGACGUCUUUCUCGGACAUCACUUCCUGAAGAUGCUCGACAUCCCAUUAUUCUGCCAAAAAAACAUCAUGUGGUAAAUCUCCUCAUUGACCACUACCAUAUCUACAAUCUUCAUUCAGGCCCUCAGCUUACUCAAGCAUUACUUUACAAACAUGUUUGGAUACUGUCUGCCCGUUGUGCCAUACGCUCUCGUAUCCAUAAAUGUGUCAGAUGUUUCAAAGUCAAACCUAGAAAUGUGUGUCCUCUCAUGGCUGAUCUCCCUCAGUCUCGUGUAACUCCUGCUCGACCUUUCCUCCACACCGGCAUAGAUUAUGCAGGGCCUUUUACUGUUAAAAUCUUCAACCUCAAGGCAGUGAGACACAUAAAGUCAUACUUUUGUACUUUCAUCUGCCUCGUCACGAAAGCUGUACAUUUGGAAGUAGUAACAGACCUAACGACUGAAUCUUUCAUUGCUGCAAUGACUCGAUUUGUAUCUCGCAGAGGACAUUCUUCCGACAUUUACUCGGAUUGUGGGUCCAACUUCAUUGGUGCUGACUCUACCCUACGCAAGAUUGUUGAAAAAUCUCUUUAUUGUCAAGACUCCAAACGGAAGAUUCAACGAUUCUCUUCACUUAAAGGCAUCGAUUUUCAUUUUAAUCCACCAGCCGCUCCGCAUCAAGGAGGAUUGUGGGAAUCGUCUGUAAAGAAUGUGAAACAUCAUCUCCGUCGAUGGACUCGGAAAUCAAAAAAUCUUGAAGUGGGUGACCUUGUUCUGGUACAUAUGGACUCACCACCUCUCUCGUGGCCUCUCGCUCGAAUUACAGCAGUUCAUCCUGGGGCUGAUGGGGUUGUGCGAGUGAUAGACUUAAAAACAUCAAGUGGCAACCUCAGAAGAUCUGCCCACAAAGUGUUUCCCCUGCCAACUGUGGAUUCGUGA